AUGUCAAUUGAUACAUGCAUUAAAAACACAGAAAUAAUAAAAAUGCUCCGAAUGGACACCAAGCAGUUGAAACAAUUUCAUCGCCACAAAAGGAAGUAAAAGAUGAAAUUGGGUGGUUUGCUUUUGCUGGUCGUGUCACAAGCACUUUUAUCUGAGUCGGUUGAUUAUGAAGGAAAGUUGUUUUGGAACUUGUUCUUCCGACCAGAAAGAGAUGUCAAGUUUUAUCUUUACACAAGAAGAAAUGCUUAUGCAGGACAGGAAGUGCUGUCGGGUGAUAUGAAUUCGGUUGUUAAAAGUACAUUCAAUCCAAAAAAUCCAACUAAGUUCCUCAUCCACGGAUGGCGCGGUGACUACGAAACAACCUUCAACGAAAAAGUCUCUACAGAAUUUUUGAUUAAAGAUGACGUCAACAUUUUCCGUGUUGAUUGGAGUACUUCUGCACAGACAAUUAAUUAUAUGACAGCUGCUCGUCGAGUUCCAGGUGUUGGAAAAGUUCUUGGAGAAUUUAUCGACUUCCUUAAUGCUAAUAGUGCAGUUGAUUUGAAUACUGUGACAAUUAUUGGAUUUUCUUUAGGCGCACAUGUUGCUGGAUUUGCAGGCAAGAAUGUCCAACGCGGCAAAGUACGAGCAAUCAUUGGAUUAGAUCCAGCAGGUCCAUUAUUUAAUAGUAAAGAUGCUGAAGGAAGAUUGGAUUAUUCUGAUGCUUCAUAUGUUGAAGUCAUUCAUACCAACAUGGGAAUGACUGGAAUGGAUAAAUUGAUUGGUCACACUGAUUUUAUUGCCAAUGGCGGAACCCAUCAGCCAGGUUGUUGGACUGAUUCCUGUUCACAUCACCGAGCACCACAAUUUUACAUUGAAUCAAUAAAUAUGAAUCCAUUCUGGGCAAGACGAUGUGAUUCACAUGCAAAUAUAAAACGAGGAGAUUGUAAAGGUGAGCUCAUCCUCAUGGGUGAUCUGAAUAAUGCAACAAAGAAUCUAACUGGAAUCUUUCAUUUCAAUACAAAUCGCAAUACACCCUUCUCCCAAAGCAUCCCAGAAAUAUGAAUUCUGAAUUUGAGAUCAAUCAGAACUGAAAUUGAUAUGUUCAGGUUGAAAUAAAAAAUAUAUAAAAAUAAAUGAAGAAAAAAAGUUUUUAAGUGACCAAAAAGGAAAGGUUUGUUCCCUUUUUACUAUUGAAAGCAUAUUUAUGGAAAGGUUUAUUAUAGUCAAUAAUAAAGGGUGACUCCUUUGGGACAUCAUUUUAUUAUUCUGAAUAUAAUUUCAAUAUUUUUUCUUAUGGUGAGUUCUGAGAUUGGAUCUUUAAAGGAGUUGAGGAUUGAUAGCUUUAAGGAAAUCGAAUUUUCUUGUGG